CUCUUCCUUUGUUCAGAUAAAUGUGAGUGAACCCCCUGGCUUGAUCCUGAGCUCCUUUCUCUCUCUGGCUCAUUAUGUCUAGACAAGUUUGUAAUUUUUGUUCCACAAACACCCCUAAUUUAUUCCUGCUUUACAGAUUUCUAUUAAUUAUCUUUUUUCCUUGGAAAGCUCUUACCCCAAACCUUGGUUAGCUUGUUAUUGUCAUUUCAAGUCUCAGAGCAGAUGUCGCCAACACAGAAGUCUUCCUUCAUCUACAAAUCUAAAUUAGCUCCUACUGCAGUGUAGUUAUGCUCUAUUACUUUACUUUGUUUAUUUUUAUAAAAACACUGUGAGAACCCUAUUUACUUCUGAUCUUUUUGUUUUCUUGUUUGUAUAUUCUCUAUCUACCAUUUGCUAGCUAGAAUGUAGGCUCUGUGAGAAUAGAAACCUUAUUUGUCAUGCUGUCUACAAUCUUUCUGGUACCUAGGUUAGUGUCUCUUACAUACUUCUCAAUAAAUAUGUGUUAACUGAACUGUUGAAUGUUUGAUCUUAGAUCAAAUAUAUAUUAAAUGGAGGUUAAAAUCCAGCUUCUACCAAAAAUAGACAAAACUACAUUUAUGACUUAAUGUUGGCCAUUUCUUCAUUUUCUGCUUUUAAAAAGUCAACUGGUUAAUUUCCAUGUUUUUUGGAAAAUUUUUAUUUGUUUUGUUUUUAAAAGAUGAAAUAGGUUUACAGCUGUCAUUCACAAGUACUUCUCUAUAAAUAACUCAUUGUGGUAUGGAUGGAUUUAUACCCAAAUGAAAACCAGAUGGUCUUACUUGUGGUUAGUUAUUCUCACUGUCUUAAAUUGGCUUCUGAAAUACUGGACAUACCUUUUAGAUGCUAUAAAAUAAUUUUGAUCAUUAGUUAUGGAACUAAUGGAGAUAUCUUCAGGUGAAUUUGCAGAAUUAUUAUUUUAUGCUCUCAAAUCAGUAUUCCUUAUGCAUUCUUCCUCUAACCAGUUGUCUAUUAUGUGUAAAAAUGAAAUAAUAUACCAUUGAAAAUAAUUACAGUUUAAAACUGUAUAAUGGUCAAAACCAUUAUUCAGAGUUAACUGAAUGGUAAAUUCAGUGACUUUCAGGAGUUUGCACAUCUGAUUUCCACUAAUUCCAAGACAUAUUAUCUUCUGUAUGUUUAUGUCAAAGGCUCCUCAGUUGUUAUGUUUUAAAUAGUUGUUAAAUGUUUAUUUUAUUGUUUAUUUUAAUUUUGAGGAAGUGCAAGUUAAUCAAUUUUUUUCUCUUAUGAAUAAUGUUUUUUGUGUCAUAGCUAAAAAAAAAUCUUUGCCCAACCCAGUUUCACAAAGAUCUCCUAUUUUUUUCUAGACAUUUUAUGGUUUUAAGUUUUACAUUUAGGUCUAUGAUCCAUUCUGAUGCAUGUGACUAUUUUUGUAUAAGGUAUGAGGUGUGGGUUAAGGCUCAGGAUUUUGCAUAUGGAUGCCUUAUUGUUCCAGAAUCAUUUGUUUUUUAAAAAACUAAGUCUUUCUGCAUUGAAUUGCCAUUACAUCUUUGCCAAAAACCAAUUGACCAUAGACGUGUGGGUCUAUUUCAGAGCUCUCUAUUUAUCUGUCUAAUUAUCUGUCCAUUCUUUUGCCAAUCUAUGUUUAUUUUGACUACUGUAAGUAGGUAGUAUGAGUCCUUCAGCUUUGUUCUUUUUCUUGUUUGGGCUAUUGUAGUUGCUUUCCCUAUCCAUACAAAUUUAUGAAUCAGCUUGUUGAUAUUAGCAAAAAUUCUGCCAAGAUUAUGAUUGGGAUUGUGUUGAAUCUAUAGAUCAGUUUAAGGAGAAUUAACAUUGUAACAAUAUUGAAUAAUUAAUCCAUGAACACAAUGUGUCAGUCCAUUUAUUUAGAUCUUACUUGUUUUUCAUUGGUGGUUGUUUUUUUCAGUGUGUAGUUCCUGCACAUUUUUUGUUUGAUUUAUACCUAAGUAUUUCAUAUUUUUAAGUUAUUGGAAUUAAUACUAUUUUAAAAAUUUCUAUUUCUGUUUUUUUCAUUUCCAGUAUCUAGAAAUAUAAAUGAUUUUUGUAUCUUGACCUUAUGUCUGCUACCCUAGUAAACUCAUUAGAUCUAGGAGCUUUUUUUAUAGAUCCCUUGGGAUUUUCUAUGUAGAAAAUCAUGUCAUCAAUGAAUAGACACAGUUUUACUUUUUAUUUUCCAGAUUUCUAUGCAUUUUGUUUCUUUUUCUUCUUCUGUUCCACUGGCUAGGACCUCUAAUGUGAUGAUGAAUAGGAGUGAUAAGAACAGACACCUUGCCUCAUUCCCAGUCUUAUAGUAAAAGCAUUCAGUCUUUCAUCAUUAACCAUGAAGUGGUCUCUAGGCUUCUGUGUAGAUACUCUUUUUCAGGUUAAGCAAUUUCCCUCCUUUUCCUAAUUUACUGAGUUCUUUUUUUUUCUAAUUAUAAACAGAUACUGGAUUUUGUCAGAUGCUUUUUAUUUGGAAGCCCUCUUUAGUCUUUUGAUAUGGUGAAUUUUAAUAAUUAAUUUUUUUAAAAUGUUGAACCAGUCUUACAUUCAUGGAAGAAGGCAUACUUGGUUGUGACUUAUUAUUCUUUUUAUAUAUUGCUGUGUUUGUAACAGUUAUUUUAAAAAUAAUAACUGAAAUAGGUGUUGUUACUACUUAAAUUCUGGAAUACCUUUAAAAAUCAUAACUCUCUUCUCUGUUUAUUAAUUCAGCCAACAAAUAUCUGACAAUUAUUGUGUGCUAGACAUUGUUUUAAGUGCUGCAGAUUAGAAUAUUGAACAAAAUUGAGUUCUGCCCUUAGACUAUAUUACUUUCUAGAAUGUAAUAUAAAGUCAGGUUCUGACAUUAGCACCCCAAGGAACAAUAAAACAGUGUAGGGGAAUGGAGAAUCAUGAAGUGAGGGGCUAAAGCUAUUUUAAAUAAUUAAUCAAGGCAGGACUCUCUGAGGAAGUGACUGUAGAGCAGAAACAUGAAUGAAGUGAGGGAGCUAGCUAUCCUAUUUGUGGAAAAUUGUUCCAGCAAAUAUGAAGUCCUGAAGCAAAGACUUGUUAGGUGUGUUUCAAGAAUAACACAGAGGCUAGUGUUUAUGGAGUGCAGUAACCCAUAGAGAUAGUUACAGGAGGCUAAGUAGUCAGGGACUUGAUAGUGUAGAACUUUGUAGGCCAUGGUAAGAAAAACUUUGGAUUUUAAGUAUAAUGGCAACCACUUAUUUUUCAACAAAUAUUAAUUCAGUAUCUGCUAUAUGUUAGAUACUUUUGCAUCUUGACAACAUACUAGUUAACAAAUAAUGAAAAAUCCAAGCAGUUGUAGAUCUUAGAAAUGUUAGUAAUAAGUGUAGUUGUUUACGUUAAUAUGGAGGUAGUCAGAAGUGGUAGAGUUUAGAAGGAUCAGUUAGUAAGCCUUGUUUAUACACAGUGAUUACAUAUUUAGGUAUUUUAAAAAAUUGGAGUAAAUGGACUUGAGUUUUAUGCUAAAACUAUAUGAACAUAAUUUAACCUUUUUUAAUAAUAGGAGACAGUUAUUUUCCUGAGUUUCUUUUGGUUGCAAAGUAGAGAGACUUUCAGGCUAGGGUUUUUUAAUAAGGAUAGAGUCGGGAGUAGAAUACAGAAGAACUUCAUGGAACUCCUAGAAUAGGAACUGUGAUAUGGCUGGGCCUCCAGAGUCCAGGAUCCCCAAAUCUUUAUAUCCAAGUGUGUUAAUUAUCUAUUGCUAUGUAAUACAUUACUCCAAAAUUUAAAAUAUUUAUUUCACAGCUUCUGGGGGUCAGGAAUUUAGGCAUGGCUUAGCUGGGUGCCUCUGGCUCAAGGUUUCUCACAAGGCUGCAGUCAAAGUGUUGGUUGGAGCUGCAGGCAUCUGAAGGCUUGACUGAGGAAGGAUCUGCUUCUCAGAUCAUUCACAUGGCUGGUUGGCCAGCUUUAGGUCAUUAAUGUCUGUUGGCUGAAGACAAUAGUUCUUUGCCGUGAGGGUCUUCCCAGCUCACAACAUGGCAGCUGGUGCUCCCGAAUGAGAGGGGUGACAAGAUGGAAGCCACAGUAUCUUUGUAACCUAAUGUUGAAAGUGGCAUCCCAUUAUCUCUGCUGUAUUCUGUUUGCUAGAAGCAAAUCACUAAAUCCAGUCCACACUGUAGAGGAGAGGAUUACACAAAGGCAUGAAUAUCAGGAGAUGAGUAUUAUUAAGAUCACUUUAGAAGCUGCCUAUCAUACCAAGUUUGCAGUAAUUAUCUGCAGGAUUCGCCAUGACCCCAGCUCUGAGGGAGGCAGCAACAAAGGGUAUCUGCUUUUCAUCUUUACCAAGUACCAUGGAGUCGGACAAGAUGCUAUGCAUGGAAGGUCCAAGAACGGUAGAUGAAAAGCUAAAAGGAGACACUUUCUCUCAGAUGCUGGGAUUUCCAACACCUGAACCUACUCUUAGCACUAAUUUUGUGAAUUUAAAACAUUUUGGCUCCUCUCAGUCUUCAAAACAUUACCAGACUGUUCUUUUAAUGAGUUCUAAUGCUACAUUAAAUAAAUACAGUGAGAAUUAUAAACAAAAGAAAUUAGGGGAACCCCACUGCAAUAAGCUGAAAAACAUACUGUGUAAUGGUAGCAACAUUCAGCUCAGUAAAAUCUGUCAUUCUCAUUCUGAAGAGUUCAUCAAAAAGGAACCUCUGUCAGAUACCAAAAGUCAGUGCAUGACAGAUGUACAAAUUAUUUUGGAUUCAAAUAUAACCAAAGACACUAAUGUAGAUAAAGGACAACUGAAAAACUGUAAGUGGUACCAAAAGAAUGCACUUUUGGAUAAAGAUAGUGACGCUGAGAUUAAAAAGGGUUUAUUGCACUGUGCUCAAAACAAAAUUGGGCCUGACCACUCAAACGUGCCUAUUAGUUCCUCAACUGCUGAAAAAGAGGAGGAAGUGAAUGCUCGUUUACUUCAUUGUGUAAGCAAACAGAAAAUUUUACUUAGCCAAGCUAGAAGAACUCAGAAACAUUUGCAGAUGCUCCUGGCAAAGCAUGUUGUUAAGCACUGUGGUCAGCAAAUGAAAUUUUCUAUGGAACAUCAGCUCCCCAAAAUGAAGAUUUUUCAUGAACCUACCACAAUUUUGGAUAACAGUUUACCUAAAUGCACUGAAAUUAAACCAGACAUCAACUUAUUGACUGCAGAGAAUAAAUUGUGGAAUGAUACAAAAAAUGGCUUUGCACGGUGUACAGCUGCAGAAAUCCAAAGAUUUGCACUGUCUGCUACAGGGCUGUUGUCUCAUGUUGAAGAGGGUCUGGAUUCUGAUGCAACUGAUAGCAGCUCUGAUGACGAUUUGGAUGAAUAUACCAUUAGAAAAAAUGUGUCAGUUAACUGUAGUACUGAAUGGAAGUGGCUUGUAGACAGAGCAAGAGUUGGCAGCCGUUGGACGUGGCUUCAAGCCCAGAUUUCAGAGCUAGAAUACAAAAUCCAACAACUAACGGAUGUUCACAGGCAGAUUCGUGCCUCCAAGGGGAUAGUGAUCCUAGAAGAAUGUCGACUUCCAAAAGACAUUUUGAAAAAGCAAAUCCAAUUCGCAGACCAAGCUGUUUCAUUAAACACUACAGGGAAUCCCCAGAUUCCUCAGGAGAGUCAAGAUCCUUUACCAGAGCAAGAUUUUGAAAUGUCACCAAGUAGCCCAACACUACUUCUUCGCAAUAUAGAAAAACAGAGCGCACAGUUGACUGAGAUCAUCAGCAGUUUGAUUGCCCCUCUCAACUUGUCCCCAAUGUCAUCACCCCUCUCCUCUAAAUCCUGUAGCCGUAAAUGUCUGGCUAAUGGCAUUUCCAGGAGUGCUUCAGAGAAUUUAGAUGAGCUCUCUUCCUCCAGUAGCUGGUUACUUAACCAGAAGCACAGUAAGAAAAGGAGAAAAGACAGGACAAGAUUGAAAUCUCCAUCCUUGACUAUCAUGAGUACAGCAGCUCGAACAAGGCCACUUCAGAGUUUCCACAAACGAAAACUCUACAGAUUGAGCCCUACUUUUUAUUGGACUCCGCAGACUUUGCCUUCAAAAGAAACAAGGUUUUUAAAUACUACACAAAUGCCUUGCCUGCAAUCAUCUUCAAUCUGGAGCAGCUGUGAACACAAUUCAAAGUCUCAAAUAUUAACAGAACAUGUAUCAGAGUUAGAUUCUUCUUUCCAUUCCGUUCUAUCAUUGCCAUCAGAUGUGCCUCUUCAUUUUCACCUUGAAACAUUGUUAAAAAAGACUGAAAUAAAAGGAGAUCUUUCUGAAAAUAAAUUUGUAGGAGACUGUAUCAUAUCUCCAUCACCUGUACAUAAUACUUCUCUGAAUCAAUGGAGAAAUGGAUAUUCUCCUAUAUGCAAGCCUCAAAUGAGGUCAGAAUCUUCUGCACAGCUGUUACAGGGAAGAAAGAAAAGACACUUGAGUGAAACAGCAUUAGGAGAAAGAACUAGAUUUGAAGAAUUUGCUAUUCAACGCACAGAACCAGGAUCCCAGAGCAAUUUUACUGCAGUUACUAAUGUCAAUGUUAUAUCAAGAACCCAGAAUUCAUCAUCACAAAAUACUGCACGACGACGAUUGCGAAGUGAGAGCUCUUAUGAUAUAGAUAAUAUUGUGAUUCCCAUGUCAUUAGUGGCCCCAGCUAAAUUAGAGAAACUCCAAUAUAAGGAAAUAGUUACUCCAAGCUGGAGGAUGGUUGUUCUCCAGCCUCUGGAUGAAUAUAAUUUGGGUGAAGAAGAGAUAGAAGACCUCUCUGAUGCAGUCUUCUCCCUAAGACACAAAAAAUAUGAAGAGAAAGAGCAAGCCAGAUGGUCACUGUGGGAGCAAAGCAAGUGGCACAGAAGAAACAGCAGAGCUUACAGUAAAAAUGUUGAAGGACAGGACUUGCUUUUGAAAGAAUACCCUAACGACUUCAGUGGUGGGCAGCACAGCGCUGCUGAGAGUCCCGCCGGGCCUCCAGAGAGCCAGGACCCCAGUGCACACGCCUCACCUUCAGUAAGUCAGAGUCAAGAGAUCAAGCCUUUGGGGUGGGAACGACGGGCUUUUCCGCUGAAAGAUGAAGACAUAGCAGCCUUAUUAUGCCAAGAUGAAAAAAAUGAUCAGAUUGAAAGAUCAAGUCCAGCUUUCCAUGGUGAAGUCUUCUGUACCAGUGCACCAGAGAAUGGCCACCAUCCACAAAGGCAGGCGGACGAAAUGGAGGAACACACACAAAACCCUUGGUCUAGGACUUACUCAACUCAUGUUAAGAAAAAUCAGUGACAGGGAACAGGUUAAGAAAACGAUGUAACUGAAUGGGAAAACAGGAGAAAAAAUAAGCCCUGUUCCCCCACCCCCUGCACAGUCACAAUUCCAGAGUAACAGCAUGUAGUGCAGGUGCAUGUAUUAAUCUUUUGUGCUGUUUAUGAAACAGGCAAGUUACGUCUCAUUUUCCUUCCUGAACCACAGGAGUAACUAGCUUUUCACCUACAGACAAGUGCUAGUCAUUUGUGUUUGAUGCAGAUCACAAGCACCAGAAAAUUAACUGCUGCAAUUUGAUGUCAAAUCACAUUACUGGGUAAAUAAUAAUUUUUAAACAACUUAUACCCACACCCACAUAUACCUAUGCAUCAAAUGACAGCUCUUCUUUUUCUAUACACGUGGUUAUUCUUUAAAUUGCCUCAGAAAUAUAUUAAGAAUAUAAAACACGUGUAUAGAGUAUACAUGCAUACAUCAUACACACAUGUAAGUAGUUUUAAAAAACACUGCAAGUGACCACUCCACUUGAAAAUGCACGUAUGAACUACCCCAUGAAAUAUCAGCUGAACCAUAAAUAAAGAGAUUUCCAAUGGUGUUGAACAUCUAUAAGCCUUGACUAUGGAGAAGGAAUUUUUUUAAAAAAACACAUUUAACCGAUAGAAGUUAUUUAUGGAAAUUUCUAUACCAGAAAACACAAUACUCCUUCAUUUGAAAUCACUGAUAUCUGUUGGGUUAAACACAGGUUAUUUUCUAUUCACGCCUAACAGAAUAAGAAAAGCAAAGUAGUUAAAUAUUGUUGUAUUUUAAAACUACCACACCUUUUAAAACUCAACUUGAGUUUUAUCUAUUUUAUGUAUCUCGUGAAGAGAAAACACCCAACUUAAAAUGAGCAACAGACAGGAAAUUCCUGUUAGUAUAUUAUUGUACUUUUAGUUAUUCUGGUCAUUCCCUACCAUUCCUUACUCUAUUCAAAUAAGCAUCUAUCCUAGAGUGAGAAAUAAAAUUUUUAAAAGGUUAAUGCUUCAAUAUUGGAUACUGGAGUGUACAUUAAGUAAAAUUCCUUUUGACACUAUUAUAUCAUUUUGUUAUAUGUAAAAACUGAGGACAAUUUAUAUGAAUCACUUUUUCUCAUGUAAAAAAGGUUAUUCAAGUUGUAGUACCCAUAUAACUGACAAUCCUAGCCAACUGGCCUAAUCUGGGGGAUCUGACACUAAGUUUUUGUUAGGGAUUAGAAAUUGUACUAGUCCCUUUAAAGAAGAAGAAGAAAAAAAUUUCCAGUUCAAUGCUGACAAAUUUUUGCUUGUAGUUUUACCGUACAUUUAUAUUUUAAAAAAGAAAACAAAAUCCAGAACAAACCCAAAUUGUCCAGGCAAAUAAACUCAGAUUUUUUUUGUCAUGACUGAUAUUAUAAUCUUCUAUGUAAGUUUUUUUAAUUAAAGUUAUUUCUAUA